AUGGAUUCACAGAGAGAGGAAAAAUGGAUAAAGCAUUACAGUAGCCAUCACAAGAUACUACUAGUGGGAGAGGGAGAUUUCUCAUUUGCACUAUGUUUGGCAAAAGCAUUUGGCUCUGCUUCCAACAUGGUAGCAACCUCCCUCAAUUCCGAAGGGUUUCUAAUUGUGGAGUACUCGAGAGCUUCCGCAAAUUUGAAGGAACUGGAGGACCUUGGUUGCACCAUUAUACAUGAAGUGAAUGCCAAGAGCAUGAACACACACCCACUGCUUGAGAUGAAGCUUUUUGAUCGUAUAAUCUUUAAUUUUCCUCAUGCUGGAUUUUUUUGCAGGGAGGAUGAUCGAUCGCAAAUUAUGCUUCACCAAAUCGUAGUGUUUAGGUUCAUGAAGAGUGCAAGGAAAAUGGUAACCCAAGAUGGAGAAAUUCACGUGACACACAAGGAUGGCCACCCUUACAAUAGAUGGGAAAUAGUGAAGUUGGGAGAGAAAGCAAGGUUGUCCUUGGUUGAGAAGGUUCCUUUUAUGAUAACAGAAUAUCCAGGGUAUGUUAAUCGGCGAGGAUCUGGGGACAAAUGUGGUCAAAGUUUUCUAGUUGGUCUUUCCAGCACCUUCAAAUUCUCCAAAAAAACAACAAAACAAAGUGAAAUAGUAGGGUGGAUAUGGUGGUGGUGAAAAAGGUUGCGACCAACAUGAAGGUGACAGAGGAGGCACUACGAGAUGGCUGGAGAAAACUAGUGGUGGCUACAAGCAGGGAAAACCGACUAAAAGAAGAAAACUCACUACUGGGUAGCAAAUCCACUUAUGUGGAAGAGAACUCAUCUACUAUGGGAGAAACGCCUACCAAGAAGAAGGAGAAGCCUCCAUGAGGAGGGGAACCCCCAAAGGAGAGCGACAACUUGUUUUCUUUCUUCUGCCUUCAAACCCUAGCAAAGACCCCAAAUAUGCAGACCCCUAGAAGGGACUCCCUAUAAAACAAACUUUUCUUCGGUAGUGACCCCUGAAUUAUGGAAUGCUGGGAGAUUUGCAAGGCCAAUGGCUAAUUAAGCACAUUCCUU